AUGUUGUGUCUUACGCUUUUUCCAUACCUUUCACUUGCCCGUGGUUUCCUUUGGCAGAAUUGGCGAGCGUUCUCCAUACUCAGCUUUAACUUCUCACAUAGCAGUAUAUAUUCAUUCUCUCACAUAGUAGUAUAUAUUCAUUCUCUCAAUGUCGACGGAGGAGGAAAACGCCAUAGAGGCGGCAGCAGCUGCCCGAAGGGAGAGGCUCAGAGCCCUCAGAGCCGCUCAGGAACUUCUCGAAACCCCCGACGAUGCUGCUGAUAAUAACAACACUAACGAAGACGAUGAUGAAAAUGAUGUCCAAAUGAAGUUCCGAAAUUACCUGCCACAUGAUAAGCAGCUUCAAGAAGGCAAAGUGGCUCCGCCAGUACUCCCAAAGUUUGAGGACCCUAUUGCUACCCUACCUCCCGUCGAAGAGAAGAAAGAGGAUCCAUUUCUGAAUAUUGCUCCCAAAAAGCCAAAUUGGGACCUGCGACGGGAUGUGCAGAAGAAACUCGACAAGCUUGAGAAACGCACCAUGAAGGCACUCUCUCAACUUAUGGAGGAAGAAGAAAAGAAGAGGAAAAUGGCUGAAGAGGAUGCAGGAAAUGGUGGAGAUGAUAUGGAUGUGCUGGUCCAGUAAUUCGAAACAUCGACAGAGCGAGAAAUGUGGCAUUUUAGUGAUGGAUAAGGCUGUAUGAGUAUUAUCCUUUGUUGCAUAUAAGUAUUUUCCGGUUCUAGCACUAGGCAAAGCAUGUAUGCUUAUGUGAACUCUGAAAUAUUAGUCAGUGUUGUAAAGAUAAUGAAGACAGAUCUAUAGUUGCCUUCUUGUUUCGGUAGUAAGAUUUGUUCCAAGUAAAUGAGCAAUCUGCCAAGGUACCCCAG